CUUGGUAGAGUCCAAGGAAGUGACGUAGGUCAAAACACGGAAGAAAACCGCGGGGACAUGCAGCUAACGUGAACUUGAUUUUAUUACUCUAAAUUACUUGAAAAUGAAUAUAAAUCAAGUAGACAGUCAAAUACAUUAAUGUAAAACGAAAAUAUGCCGUUUUUUCUUCACACAAAAGUGUGUUUUAGUCCAUGUUUACAGCAUUAGCUUCCCUCCAUGUGCGAAAUCCGAUUCAUGGAAGAAACUGUUUAUUCUGAUUAGAAUAUGGCUUUCGCAAACCUGUUCUCGAGCCUUCCUUGUCUCAACGAAGCUGCUAAGGCUCCCCGUCAAGUAGACUCAACAAACCGAUGCGGUGCAGAGGGAGGAGGAAGAAAGAGGAAAACACAGAGUAAUAAUACUGGCUCCCACGUGAAGAAAAGACGUUUCCAGACCAACGCAUCUGGUGAUGCCUUCAAAGAAAGUCACGUCCACAAGAGGGAAAGGGGACAUGAUCAACAUGGUAAACCCCAAAACCGUGGCGGCCGGCAUCACAAAGGUCAACAAUAUAGAAACAAUUCCAACAGUUCAAAGAACAAACAGCAAAGACAGACGAGGAGCAUGGGCAGAGGGAGAAACGAUUACAGGGAUGGAAGAAAACCUAUGCCAAGAAAAUGGGAAAGAGGCGUAAACAACAUCGCUCAGGAAGAAACGAGAUAUAUGAGUCAGGAGUUCAAGGAGCAGAAUGCUUUGGAGGUGGACGGACGCUUGCUGUGUCGACAUUUCAUCAUGGGGCGAUGCAUCAAGGCCGACACCUGCCAGCUGGAGCACGUCCAGGCUUACAACGACCUCAUUAAAGCCGGGUGCAAAUAUUAUUUCAUAGGAGUCUGCAUGAAAGGAGACAGCUGUCCAUACAUGCACAAGUCAUUCCCUUGCAAGUUCUUCCAUCGAAGAGGAAAGUGCUCCCAGCAAGAAAACUGCAGGUUUUCACACGAGCCGCUCACAGACGUCACAGAGAAGCUGCUGGACGAGGCGAUAAAACGGGACAUCGAAUUCUACGAACAGAAAAAGAAAUCUGAACAGGAGUCUUUGGGAGAGCCGGUGAACGAGUCUGAAGCUCCUCCAGCAAUCGAGAAUCCUGAUAUUCCCGUUGAGCUUCUCAGGCCGAGUUUUUACAACAGUGCAGACGUGGAGGAGCAAACAUCAGUUCAUCAGAAUGAAGAUGUUGGGUCAGAUGCUGAUCCGCCUCAAGGUCCCACUUUAUCCAGUCCGGACCAGAAGGAGCCAGUCUGUUACUCUGUGGAAGCGGUUCUUGGGCCUCAGCUUUCCAGGCCGCUAUUUAGCUUCUUUACAAAACCCGAAAGUCAAGAACCUCCCUCUGUCCCUCCGUCUUCUUCAGAGACGUCCUCCAGCUCCGUAAAUCCGAACGAAGCUCCGUAUUCUGUGGAUGCUUUCCUCCGGUCCUUUAAAUCAGUUGAAAGUUCAGAAUUUGCUGACAACACAAAAACUGUCCCAACAUACUCUAAUAAAAUCACAGAUCAAAACCAACAUUUAAAGGAAAAUUCUAAGAUUGAGAUGAAAAGAUCAGAGAAUAUGUUGUCUUCUCUUCCACGUGGAGAUGGAAACAAUCACCUUCCGAAAGUAUCUUCACGCUCUGAAAGUUCUCCCAAACAUCCUUCAAUGUUCAAACCUCAUGUUUCAGUUCUGACACCUGACUUUCCAUCUUUAACAAAACCCUCCGUUGGAGUCAAAGGAUUCAAAAGUUCUGUCCAGAACUCACAAUCAGACCUAAAACUUGACCCCUCCUCUGAGGGAUUUUCACAACAAAGUUCUUUUUCUGGUGUUUCUCUGAGUUUGGCUGACGGUGCAAUGCCUAAACCCGCCUGUGGCCUGCUGGGUUUUAACAAACCCAGACAGUCGUCAGAAACAAAAGGAAACAGAACAUCUAACACGUCCUUUCUCAGUCUCUUUGCAUCUCCACUGGGUGGGACAACCGCCCCGCCCUCACAGUCUGCGGCAGCGCGCUCCAGCCCCCCUCCCUGCAGACUGCAGCCCGCCGGGGGCGCCCCGUCCAUCAGACGGGAGAAAGCCUCCGAUGUGGCGGCGCCUUUGCCUCAUUGGGUCACCACUGAUGAAAGGCCAACUCUCCGGAGGAUGGUGUCUCCCAGAGGCUCCUCUAGUUCUGAGACCGAGUCUGCAUGUCGGACUCAGCAGGGGGUGCCUCAUGCAUCGCCCCCCAGAGUGAAGUCUGAAGGUUCAGUUCUGAAAACCCUGUUUGUGAGUCUGGGUCCAUACCAGGAGGACACUAAGAGACAGAACCGCGCUCUGAACACGAACCCUGAAGGGGUGAACACAGAAAAGAGCAGCGCAGAAUGUAGUUCAACAGCGCAAAAGCGGAAAAGGAAAAACAGACAGUGGAAGAACAAUAAGACUCCAGCUUCCUAUAACCAGACUUCAGAUAAACCAGCAGAGCAGCAGACAGACACAACAGGCCCUUCAAACCCCUACAGUCCAGGUACGACCGCCGUUCAGGUGGGAGAGUCCGGCAUACUCACGGUCCCGUCAGAACCAGCGGCGCCGCUGAUGCAGCGUCACACUCAGCGAUCGUCAGAGGAAGGCGAUGGGAUCAGUGGGAGUGCGGCUUUGGGCUUGUUCAAGGAGCUCUUUAGGACUUUAAACAGCUCUGCUUUUGACUGAAAUCACAGGAACCGACCCAAACGCAGGAACCCAAUCGCGAUUUACCCCUCUGUUUGUUUUCAAAACAAUAACAAAAAUGAAUAAAAGUAACAAACCCCUCAGAUUUCUUCUCAUUUUGAAACCAUCUUCUUUUUAAAACUAGAUCCUUUAAACAACUUAUAUUUAAUCUUUUUUUUUUUUGUUUUAGCUAGUUCUUUGUUUUUUACUUUUUUUUAAAUGACAUAAAUUGGUCACUUAAAUGUGUAAUACAUCACUUUUUUGUUUUUCUGUUUAAAACUUUGGUCCCAAAAACAGAAUAUUGAAUGACGACAUAUAUGAUGUUUCUCCACCGCACUUUAAAUAAAAUUUUGAAAAAAAAAUUUGACGUAAUCAUUUACAGUUACACCAAUAUUAAUAGGUAUUUUACUAAACAAAAAAGAAUAUUUUUUUAAAUCAAGAAUGAUUGUUGUAGGUAGGAAGAAAUAAUUUUUAAUGUUUUUAUUUAGGCAAGAUUUUUUUUACAUUUAUUAUGACCUAUAAUAAACCUUAAAAUUGGUGCAUAAAAGAAGAAAAAACUUGAGAAAAUUCAGCUGCAUUUAUGGAAAUGUAAUCAGUAUCGGACAAAAAAAAAUGCAGUUUGAAGAAGAGCGUAUUUGUAAUGCAGAAAAUACACUGAGCGGCCAAAAUCUUCAUGCUCCAAACUCUCACCAAUGCAGGGGAAGAGGGAGGGGAUGCUUUCCACCAAAAAUACCUCCCACAACUCAAAGGCAAAUUCCGAAUGAACUUCUGCCACUCCGCAGAAACUAUGUCCUAGAAUAAAGCUUUUUUUUAUUUUUGAUAUAAACAGCAUAAUCCUUAUGAAAAACAAUGCUUUUACAGUUGGUCUAAAGAUAAUCAGUGGUUCUUUAGGUCUAAGUACAAUGUUAGUAUAACAUUUUUACACCAGCCUGCAGAAAAUACAAUUUUUAUUCAUCAAACAAAUUUACUAUUAAAAACAUUUUUUCCAGACACAGCAAAAAAUAUGUUAAUUGUUUAAUCUUGUUCUAUAUGCUUUCAGUCAAGUAAAAUUACAUGUAAAAAUAUUUUCCAUGUUUUUAUUAAUGAAAGUCAGAAGUGUAACAGAAAAUAUUAAUAAAACCUUUGAACAAAAGACACUAAAAUCAGUUCCCUCAAAGUAAUGGAACCAAUGAUUACAAGAUUGAACAGAUAUUUAACUGAGAUAUACAGACAUAGAUAAACUUCAAUUUUCACAUGCACACAUCUAAACAUGCAAUUUUUAAGAAAAAGCAAUUAAUGCUUAGAAUUGGCUUUAUAUGACGUUUGCCUCGUCUGGUUGAGGAUCUCCGUUGUUCUCCCAAAGACACUGUUCGUUGAGAACUUAUUUAGAAACCGUUCCACCGAUGAGACCAUUAGUGGGUUGUUUUGGGGUCUUAGAGAAGGCUAUUCCUUUCACGCGCUCAUCCAGUGACAGGUUUUUCCUCGUGAAGUAGCUCAGCUUGUAACAGACAUGAAAAACAUCAUAAGAUCAAACAGCAAAACCAUAUUUGCAGUCUUUUGGUAAUGUGGUCAACAUACAGCUCCAAAAAUGAAGUUAUAGGUCAGUUUCAAAGAGUUAGUGUUGGUGUUUUCAUGCAAAAUCAAUAAUUUGCUGAGGUUCACUGUGACACUGUUAUUCUUUUAGAACGUUUGGUCUUUGUAGUACCCUAAAAAGUUGAAUCUGUGAGAAGAUUGCACUCAUUUAUCCACCCCACAAGGAAUAAAUGAGUAAUUAGUGUCCAAAUUCAAAAGAAGAAUAAUCUACAUUUAAAAUAUAUGGUGAAAUGGUAGCUAUCUUUAUUGGCGGAGUCACUCAUUUCACACAUAUUGUACAUUUUUUUUACAAGCACCAUAUUAGGCAUGGAUGUACCUUAGGAUCCUCUCCUUCAGAAAAGCAUGUCAGCCACAAGAAAAAUCCAAAAUGUCGGCCAUUUUUAAAUAUUUACAAAUAUAUUCAAUAUCUAUUUGAUUACUUAAACAACCGACUCUACUAUAUAGCUCUUUUCUAUAUUGCUCUAAAAACCUACUCCAAUGAAAUGAGCAUUUUUUUGCAUGAUAUAAAUAAUUUAGGAUUAAAACUACAUCGCUGAGUACUUUUAUUUUUAUCAAAUUCAUAUCAUGAUGGAUCAGGAGCAGAUGAAAACCCACUGUUGGGAUGCAGCAACUACCGUAGGUGAGCUAAAGUCUCCUUUCUCUGCUCCAGUUCGUAUGCAUCCACUUGGAUGCCUUCGUUUUCCUCGUCUUAGCUCCCAUCUGGCAGAAAAUUGUACGGCUGGAUAGCUUUAAUAAUUGUUUAAUGUUUAUUUAUUUUUUUGCUAUGCUAAUGUUAGUUUGGAAAUUUGGGAAGCUGUAAGCUAACAGGGGAGAGGCAUGUUGGGAUUUUAACGUAGGACUACCUCUGCACCGACAGUCCUGCCUUGACUGUUAUCUACAGGGAAAUCUUUUUUUAUAUAUAUUUUCAUUAGGAAUGGAUAACAGUCAAGUAAGGCAAAAAACACUUUUUGGCGAAGUUAUACAAUGUAAACAGAAUUCACUGGAAAAUUCUACUGGAAAAUCUUACUUUACAUAAGAUGAGCUUUAUUAUGAUGAGAAGCAGCAAUCCUGCUCCAGCUCCAGUUCCAAUGAUCAGCCACUGGUUGGGGAGAACGAUGAUCUCAACUCGAACUUCGCUCUGUUUGGGACAUAAAAUGCAAGUUGUGAACAAUUGUUCUCUGUAUUCUCUGUGUCCGUUUGGAUGUUUUCGUCGUACCCAUUUCGCUGUUUGAUCAUUUUCAGUGACUUGGCCAUUCUUCAAAAGUUUGAUCUUCGAGCUUUUCUGUGAUCAAUAAAAAAAAUUGCAUUUGAGAAAUGAAUGGACACAGGAUCUUUGAGGGUUCGUCAACCUUCCUUGUACCUCAUUGUUGGAAGCUAGCACAUAUCGGCUUCUGUCGGUAUCGACGCGUAUCAAACUCUUGAAUCUGAUCUCUGUUCUUCCUCCAGUAAAGGGAGAAAAUUCCUGUCAAAUAAAAGAAUGCCAGUUAA